AUCUACCCACAAGUCCACAACCACAAUACAUCUCUCUCCCCUCGCUCUCUCUCCCUCUCUCCCUCGUAUAAAAGGUAGAGAGGUUUAGCAAACACAAGAUAAUUGUAUAGAGAUACACAGCCUGAGUCUUACCAUUUGUAGUUUGACUCCCUCAUUCAUAUAACACAAAAGGCGAGGGAGAUUUUCUACAUUCAGAUCUGCUGUGCUCUUUGGAUUAGUAAGAUCAUCCCAGGAUGAAGGCCCUUAUUCUCGUUGGAGGGUUUGGAACUCGGUUGAGGCCGCUGACUCUCAGCUUCCCCAAGCCCCUUGUUGAUUUUGCUAACAAGCCUAUGAUUUUGCAUCAGAUUGAGGCGCUGAAGGCUAUUGGAGUGAAUGAAGUAGUUCUAGCUAUUAAUUACCAACCAGAGGUGAUGCUCAACUUCUUGAAGGAUUUUGAGACUAAGCUUGGUAUCAAGAUCACAUGUUCACAAGAGACUGAACCACUUGGCACUGCAGGGCCUCUGGCUCUAGCUAGAGAUAAACUCGUCGAUGAAAGCGGUGAGCCAUUUUUCGUGCUAAACAGUGAUGUGAUCAGUGAAUACCCCCUGAAGCAGAUGAUUGAGUUCCACAAAUCCCAUGGUGGUGAGGCUUCCAUCAUGGUUACAAAGGUGGAUGAGCCUUCUAAAUAUGGUGUAGUCGUGAUGCAAGAGUCAACAGGGCAAGUUGAACGGUUUGUGGAGAAACCCAAAUUAUUUGUAGGCAACAAGAUCAAUGCUGGUAUUUACCUUCUGAACCCAUCUACGCUCGAUCGAAUUGAACUAAGACCUACCUCAAUUGAGAAAGAGGUUUUCCCCAAAAUCGCAGCAGAAAAGAAGCUUUAUGCAAUGGUCCUUCCAGGAUUUUGGAUGGACAUUGGACAGCCAAGAGAUUACAUUACUGGUCUAAGACUUUACCUAGACUCCCUUAGAAAGAACUCUCCAUCUAAAUUGACCACAGGAGCCCACAUUGUUGGAAAUGUUCUAGUGGAUGAGAGUGCAAAAAUUGGAGAGGGAUGUCUUAUUGGACCUGACGUUGCUAUUGGGCCUGGUUGCGUCAUUGAGUGUGGAGUUAGACUCUCUCGCUGUACUGUGAUGCGCGGCGUCCGUGUCAAGAAACAUGCCUGCAUUUCCAGCAGUAUCAUUGGUUGGCACUCAACAGUUGGACAAUGGGCUCGUGUUGAAAACAUGACUAUUCUUGGAGAGGAUGUUCAUGUUUGUGAUGAAAUAUACAGUAAUGGAGGUGUAGUUCUGCCUCACAAGGAAAUCAAGUCUAGCAUUCUGAAGCCAGAGAUUGUGAUGUGAAGUACUCUGCAAGUGUUUCUUGGUGAUAUAGUAAGUUAUGUGAUCGGUUUGUUUCAUUUCCUUUCUUCCCCGUGUCUGUUCUUUUUGAAGUGUAAAAGUCCGGUCUUUAGUAAGUUUUGGGAGUUGUUAUGCGGGGAAUGUUUUCUUUUACUAAGAAGAUAAUGAUAUAUGGUCUGUUAGAAUUGUGUAACGUUUGGUGUACAAAGAAAUAAACUCCGUUAAAGUUUUCUGUUA